GGGAGGCAUGCAGAUCUUUGUGAAGACCCUGACUGGCAAGACCAUUACCCUGGAGGUGGAGCCCAGUGACACCAUAGAGAAUGUGAAGGCCAAGAUCCAGGAUAAGGAAGGCAUCCCCCCUGAUCAACAGAGGCUCAUCUUUGCUGGCAAGCAGCUGGAAGAUGGCCGCACCCUCUCUGACUACAACAUCCAGAAGGAGUCCACCCUCCAUCUUGUGCUGCGUCUCAGGGGUGGUUAAUUACUACUAAGUUGCUGUUUGUUUCCAUCUACUCAAGUGAAACUUCACUGCACUUUGUUUCAAUAAAGCUGUUGCAUUCCC